UAUCAUUUCGAGAACUCGAAACCGAAACCUAGGCUUAUGCUGGCGUUGACACAGUACACUCCUAUGGGUGAUUAGUUCGGGCUCUUAAACACAUUUUUUACACAUGACGAUUAAUUAACGAUGGAUGCUGACGAUUACAUAGCCAAACUAAACACUUACAUUCAAAGACAACAUUGGAAACUCCACUAUGAAGACGCAGGGACUGAAGGUCCGGAUCACAUUAAAACAUUUAACAUAAAAGCUGUUGUCAAUGGUAAGGCCUACCCAGAAGGAGUGGGAAAAAACAAGAAGGAAGCCAAACAAAAGGCUGCCAAGCAUGCUCUACAGGGCUUAUUAAAAGAGACAGAGAGUGCAUCAGAUUCCUCUGUGGGACUGGUCCAUUCUCAUGAUGAUCAUGUAUCCUGGCUCUAUUCUUACGGUCAAAAAAUCAACGUGCAGAUCACCUAUAUCGAGUCCACCACAGGCGCGACUUUUCAAUGUCGAUAUUUGGUUGGAAGGAUUGCAUAUCCGGUUGCAACUGGGAGAACGAUGAAGGAAGCUAAGGAAGAAGCCGCAAAACUUGCUUAUCUUAAGAUAAAUGCUUCAUUGACUGGAGAUGAGAAACCCUCUUCUACCUCCAGUCAACAAACGGAAGACAUAAGGAAAAGUAUAUCGGCGAUCUAUGACAACACACACAAUUUGAAGACCAAAGAUGACAUUGUUGAGUCAGAUUUCAUCGGACAAGUCCUCUCCAUCUGUCAGAGAACAAAUCGCAUUAAUAAUUUCAUGGAAGUGGAGAGACGUGGCCCUCCUCAUGAUCUUAGAUUUGUCUAUAAGUUAGUGAUCGAUGAUCAACACUAUCCUGCGUGUGAGGGGAAGAGUAUUAAGGAAGCCAAACAAAAGGCUGCUCAGUUGGCAUUAUCUGACCUUCGUAAGGGUUUGGACAGUGAGACUGGAGAUGAGAAACCCUCUUCUACCUCCAGUCAACAAACGGAAGACAUGAGGAAAAGUAUGUCGGAGAUCUGUGACAAGACACACAGUUUGAAGACCGAAGAUGACAUUGUUGAGACAAAUUUUAUCGGACGCAUCUCCGCCAUCUGUCAAAGAACAAAUCGCAUUCCUGAUUUUGUGGAAGUGGAGAGACGUGGCCCUCCUCAUGAUCUUAGGUUUGUCUACAAGUUAGUGAUCGAUGAUCAACACUAUCCUCCUGCGUGUGAGGGGAAGAGUGUGAAGGAAGCCAAGCAAAAGGCUGCCCAGUUGGCCUUAUCUGACCUUCGUAUGGGUUUGGACAGUGAGGUUUCACCUUCUCGUGCCAAUAAUCCACCAACCAACCGGGAUUCGUCAGCCAAUGCGCCGUCCCCUAAUGUUCAGUUAAAGAGUCCAUCUACGGACAUCGCAAUUCGCUUUGUUGAUUCUUCUCCCAAAAUUCAAGGUAAAAGUCCAGACUGCAAACCUAAAGUAAGAAUUGCAGCAAAUUUUCCAGAUAAGUGCCAACAAAAGGAUGCGAAGAGCGCAAAUGUCAAAGGGGACCAUACCUCGAGGUUCAUGAAGGAUUUUGAUGUGAUAGAACACCUUGGCAAUGGAGGCUUUGGACAUGUUUUAAAGGCUAAACACAAGUUGGAGGGAAAGUACUAUGCUGUGAAAGUGGUGUCUUAUAAAGAUAACUCUCGGCGUGAGGUGUUGGCUCUAUCAGAGUUUCAACACGACAACGUUGUGAGAUACUACACAUGUUGGUUGGAAGACGGUGCUUACCAGUCUUUCAGUGCAGGUGACUCUUCCUGUCCCUUCUGUAGGUCUCCACCGAAGAAGUCCCUUCAUAUUCAGAUGGAGUUGUGUGAAACCAAAACCCUCCGAAUGUGGAUAAAUGAUAAGAAUGUAAAGAACGUGGAGCGUUCACAAAGAAGACAAGACAGCCUUGCCAUUGCAAAGCAAAUAGUGAGUGGCGUCGAGUACAUUCAUUCCAAAAAGUUUUUUCACAGAGACCUGAAGCCUGCCAACAUCUUGUUUGGGCCAGGAGAAGUCCUUAAGAUUGGGGAUUUUGGCCUUGUUGCUGACGACACGAGCAAAGAGAGAAGCGGAUACUUGGGAACCGCGUCUUAUAUGGCGCCUGAGCAGAAAUACAAGAACAUCUACGACCGGAAAGUGGACAUAUUUGCUUUGGGUCUCAUUUUUUUCGAGCUCCUCUGGAAAAUGAUUACCAUGAGUGAAAGGGAAAGGCUUUGGGAUGAUGUCAGAAAUAAGAUACUUCCUGCAGAGUUUGCACAUCAUUUCCCAGUAGAGGACCAAAUGAUUAAGGCGAUGCUAAGUUUGAAACCAGAAGACCGGCCUGAAGCAAGUCAACUCAAGACCGAACUUGAGGCGUGUGCUCGUGUACUAACACUUAACGCUACCGACAGAAACACUGUCUAACGCACAUUUUAAUCGUCAUGAAUGGUGAGGUCGAAAUUUUGCGCAGUGGGUUCCAAUCUCGGCUCAGAUGCCUCAGUGUGGAUUUAUCAGGUUCUUCCAGUGCUCGGUGGCUUUCUUUUCACAUUAUAUCCAUUUUAGGUUCUUUGGAGACUCUUAAGUUGUCCAUAAGUAUUAAUGUGAUUGCUUGUUUAUGUGUCAUGUGAUCAGGGUCGGCCCAGGCUAAAUUUGCAAACACGAAUGAGGAAUUAUUUUGUCAUGUGAUUUGGCUGUCUCCAUACGUUUCAUAUUGCCGUGAUGACAGCCAUGCUAAUAUUGGAACCAUCUUCCUCGCGGUAUCAGCAUAUUGAGAACGAAAUAGGCACUGACACUACCCAUAGCCACGUAGGUUUUAUUUGUCGAAAAUAUAUUUUGCUCUUUCAGUUGGAUGACACAUCGAAAUACAGACUAACGGGGGUAAUAUAUACCCGUUAGCCUAUAUGUGGAUGUGUCAUUGACUCGGCUAGCAUGCUAAGUAUUUAUUGCAUGAACAUACUAGCUUUUAUAGACAAGAUCAUAGACUGUAUUGGACAAUAUAGUUCACAUACAAAUUGUCCAUUUACAUUUAAUACAAGCAAUAAGAACCCGCCUUCCGCCCGAUUGUAGCUGAGAUAUGCACCAGCGCCCCCCGCGACCCCAAAGGGAAUAAGCGGUAGAAAAUGGAUGGAUGGAUAAUAAAAACAUACAGGCUUUAUUUACCUAUCAAGGAGGAAGUUAGCAAGUUUGGCAUCAGUUGAAAAAAUCUUCUCCGCCUUCAAUCGUCUUCAUCUUUCAAAGGCAUCUCCGAUACAAAUCCUUUUUUGUUCCUGGCUUUGUCAUGAAUGAGUUGAGAAUCGUAACAACGUCUUUAGAUUUACUGAAGUCUGACAUGUUUAGUAACUUUACCAGUGGCAGUAUCUAGAAACAAAGAUGGCAGUGUGUAACAAGCAACCUGGAUGUGACACACUCACAGACAUUCUAAUUGGUCAAACGAUGGAGGGCGGGGCAUCGAAAUUAAAACAUUAACAAUAUUUGGGGGCUGUAAGUCUUAAGUUUGAAAUUAGCAUAUCCCGGCUGAACUACUGUUAUCAGUUAUAGAAGUAUUUGAAAAUAUGAUUCCGGCUUCCUCCCACCUCCAAAGACAUGCGUCUGGGGAUUGGUUGAUUGGCAACACUAAAUUGGCCCUAGUGUGUGAAUGUGAGUGUGAAUGUUGUCUGUCUAUCUGUGUUGGCCCUGGGAUGAGGUAACGACUUGUCCAGGGUCUAACCCGACUUCCACCCGAUUGCAGCUGAGAUAGUCUCCAACCACCCCCCUUGACUCCGAAAGGGACGAGCAGUAGAAAAUGGAUGGAUGGAUGAAUUUAUUAAUGCCUUUUGACAUAUCAGGGCCACUUAAUCAUGACUCGACAUGAAAAUAUUACAUAGGGCACCUUAAAAAAAAGUUUUUUUUUCUAUCACGCUGAUACAGAUUUAACAGAAUACAUUCCAAAAACCUUUCACUGAUCUGCAGGGGUACAUAUGAACUAUAUGUUUGAUGAUUAAAAAGUCCUUGUGCUUUUAGAGAUUACAGUCACAAAGUGAGGCGUUUUUUCAGCCUCUUAAAGGCAUGCUUGAUGUAAUGUGGUUGUUGGAGACAACCACAGGGGGAAGGGCUUUCUGUAUUGUAAUAGAGCUUUUGUUGAGGCAAUUUGUGUUUGACUUCGGCUUUUCCAGAGCAUGGCUAGGUGGUACCCUCCUGAAAUGUGGGCUGGGGGUAGCAGCGCUUUAAAAUCCACAGGACAGCUGGGUGUGUGCAUUUUAUAAAGUUCAGUUAUUCAUAUGUUAUGUUAAUCACAUCUUUAAAAAUCAAAAACCUAACUAUGUUUUUUUACAUGUGUUUUAAAAAGCUGGUUUCAACCGAAUCCAUGUAAUUGUUUUUCAGUGCAUGAAUGCCAAGUGUGUGUGUAUGGUGCGACAAUGGGUUUCGGGUGGGAUGGGGGGCCAUGUGUAUGGAAGCCAAGAAUUUGUUGCCUCUCACCCAAGUCACCUGGUAAUCAGUUCUAGCAUUAAUUUCAAGUUCAUCACAUUUUUUGCACAUGCAUUUUGAGUAUUGCUGUGGCUAAUAGAAGAAAAUACAAACAUGAAGUCAAACGCACGUGCAUCUCUUGUCGAACUUCAUGAUAUCCAUUUGUUGGUUGCAAAAUGUCGGGGAAAAAAUGAAAUACACUCAAAAUAUGAAAGAAAUAUGCUAUUAUCUUAACAACCCAGCUGUUGUUUCCUUUCAAACAAAACCAAAGUUAGCCCACCAUAUUUAAAAAAAAAACAACAAAAAAAACAAGGGUAUAUUUUUCUUUCUUUUUCUCAAGCUGCUCUACAUUUCCUAGAGCAUGCAUGCCUCCCACCCACAGGUGGGUAGUAACGCGCUACAUUUACUCAAUUACAUCUAUUUGAAUAACUUUUGAGAUAAAUUGUACUUCUAAAAGUAGUUUUAAUGCAACAUACUUUUACUUGAGUAUAUUUAUAAAGAAGAAACGCUACUUUUACUCCGCUCCAUUUAUCUACAUUCAGCUCGCUACUGAUUUUUAUCGAUCUGUUUAUGCAUGCAUUGUUUGUUUUGGUUUGUCAGACAUACCUUCAAAGUAGGAUCUAUCACAUGCCAGCGUUUCACCAAUCAAAUGCAGUCACUGGUGACGUUAGACUCCUUUUCACCAAUCAAACAGAGCCAGGCGGUCACAUGAUUAACUGCACUUUUUUUUAAUAAACCUUUAUAAAUUUCAACAUUUACAAACAGUUGAAAAUAACAAUCAAAGUAAGUACAAAAACAGUAUAAAAACCGUACAAAACAGCGCCAAGGGGUUGUAAAUUCAAAGUAACUAAAACAGAAUGUAAAAAAAUAUGUAUUUAUAAAAUAAACAAAGUGCAAAGCCAUAGGCUCACUCAAUCUCAGAAAAUAACUUAAAUUUGGAACACAGCAUCAUCGUUUUCACAGCUUUUUGGUUGUUAGAGGUAGAUUGUUUUAAUGUAGAGUUCUAAAUCUUUUUUAAAGGCACAAAAAACAGGUCGGUUAUUGAAAAACUUACUUAUAUGAAUAUAAAACUUAGCCAAUAGUAUAAUGAGGUUGCAAAGGUAAACUUCAUUUAAAAAAUUUUUUUCAAUACAAAUAUAUAUUUAAUAUAUAUUGUUUUAGUUGCUUAAGAGAUAUGCUUGGCUCUGAAUUUGUUCAAUUUUAUGUUUUUGUGCAUUACUUGUUGCCGUCAUCUUUAAACAAACAGGUUACUCAUCAGUUACUCAGUACUUCAGUAGUUUUUUCACAACAUACUUUCUACUUUUGCUGAAGUAAAUAUUUGGGUGACUACUCCUUACUUUUACUUGAGUAAAAAAAUCUCUAAAGUAAUAGUACUCUUACUUGAGUACAAUUUCUGGCUACUCUACCCACCUCUGCUCCCACCUAAACCCACUGCCUUAACGCAUUUAUUCAGACAUGAGUGUUGAAUGAGAAUCCAAUAUAGAAAUACUGAUGUUGAUUUUGUCACACUGUCUUAAAAAGUGGUUGGUUUGGGAACAUGAUCUUUUUCUGAAAAAUUAACUUUGUAACUAUUUUUACUAACACUCAUGACCGUGGGUUUAGGCGCUGUGAUUUAAUUCUUUAUGCCAGAGUAUGUAAGGAAAACUUUGUUUUGUUAUUUGCAAGCAGUUUAAUUCCAGAGGUUACAGAAGACAAACAACCCUUUUCCAACAGUGUUUUAUGUAAACAAUUAGGCAAAGGUUAAUCUUUUAUUAUUAUCCAUGUGACCUAUUACAUUUGUGAUUGAAUAACAAAUGAAACACAUUGUUAGUUAAAGCCCCUUUUUGUUUUAAUUUGUGCCCACAUUCGCCAUCUUAUUAUACAUGUGUAUUUUGGGGGGAAGAAAACAUUUGUCUUCCGUUCACUUUCUUUAAUGUUACACAUUAUUCUGUAACUUGCUUGUUGUAGUUUUUUUUCUUGUACUACGGGAUUGAGCUGUGAGAAAAUAAAUGAUAAUUGGUUAAAUGUU